AGGUGUCUGCUGCAAGUUCCUGGCUGUUUCUGAGCUCACCCCAUCCUCCGAGAGGGAGGAGGCCGCCAAGUGGUGAUGCUGCUGCUUCUACCGUCUCGACUGCUGAUACUCUAGUGGGGCUGGAAGGGUGGUUCCUAUUCGCACCAUCGCCAACCGGAGACGAGGGGAGGAAAAAAAUCCCAGCAGCCGCUGCUGAUGUUGGGUUCGGAGGCUGCAUCCGACUCGGUCACAAGGAAAAUGGAUUCAGUUUGCAUCUCUCCCUCCUUUCAACAGCUUCUCCGGGUCUCAGCAUGGGCUUCCAGGGCAGCGGCUGAGGAGACCUUACCAAGGAGCAUCACGCAGUAGAUGCUGAAACAUCGCACUCCGGAAUAAGAAGCAGUAACAUGGCAGCACCUGUGUGAAAGGAAUUAAAAACCAACAGACUCUUUUCGAAAGGAACAAUGUCCAAGAAAGGGCGAAAUAAGGGCGAGAAGCCCGAGGCGCUCAUUGUCGCCCUUCAAGCUGCCAAUGAAGACCUCAGGACCAAGCUCACAGACAUCCAGAUAGAGCUGCAUCAAGAGAAGUCCAAGGUGUCUAAGCUUGAAAGAGAGAAGACUCAAGAAGCCAAGCGGAUCCGUGAGCUGGAGCAGCGCAAGCACACGGUCCUGGUGACGGAACUCAAAGCCAAGCUCCAUGAGGAGAAGAUGAAGGAACUGCAGGCGGUGAGGGAGAAUCUCAUCAAGCAGCACGAGCAGGAAAUGUCGCGGACAGUGAAGGUGCGGGAUGGGGAGAUCCAGAGGCUCAAGUCGGCUCUGUGCGCCCUCCGCGACGGCAGCAGUGACAAAGUAAGGACCGCGCUCACCAUUGAGGCCCGGGAGGAGGCCCGGAAACUGUUUGAUGCGGAGCGCCUUAAGCUCUUGCAGGAAAUUGCGGACCUGAAAACUGCCAAGAAGCAGGUGGACGAGGCUUUAAGCAAUAUGAUCCAAGCGGAUAAAAUCAAGGCCGGGGACCUGAGGAGUGAGCAUCAGUCCCACCAGGAAGCCAUCUCGAAAAUCAAGUGGGAGUCGGAGCGGGACAUUCGGAGGCUGAUGGAUGAAAUCAAAGCCAAGGACAGGAUCAUCUUUUCCUUGGAAAAGGAGCUGGAGACCCAAACAGGCUAUGUACAGAAACUCCAGCUGCAGAAGGAAGCUUUGGAUGAACAACUCUUCUUGGUCAAGGAGGCCGAGUGUAACAUGAGCAGCCCGAAACGAGAAAUUCCAGGGAGAGCAGGAGAUGGCUCCGAACACUGCAGCAGUCCUGAUUUGCGAAGAAAUCAAAAGAGAAUAGCUGAAUUGAAUGCCACUAUAAGAAAAUUAGAAGACAGGAAUACCUUGCUUGGAGAUGAACGAAAUGAAUUGUUGAAACGUGUGCGGGAAACCGAAAAACAAUGUAAACCUCUUCUGGAAAGGAACAAGUGCCUCGCCAAGAGAAACGAUGAACUGAUGCUGUCUUUGCAGCGCAUGGAAGAGAAACUAAAAGCCGUGACCAAGGAAAAUUCAGAAAUGGUAAGAAGUUCCAAGCCAAUUAAGAGGCCUGUUUUGGACCCGUUCAUUGGCUAUGAUGAGGACUCCAUGGACUCAGAGACGUCAUCCAUGGCCUCAUUUAGAACAGAUCGAACCCCAGCUACUCCUGACGAUGACCUGGAUGAAAGUUUGGCAGCUGAGGAAUCUGAGCUACGAUUUCGACAACUAACAAAAGAAUACCAGGCCCUCCAAAGAGCGUACGCCCUCCUGCAGGAGCAGACUGGAGGCAUCAUUGAUGCUGAGAGAGAGGCCAAGGCUCAAGAACAGCUCCAAGCAGAGGUGCUCAGGUAUAAAGCCAAAAUUGAAGACCUGGAAGCGACUCUGGCUCAGAAAGGGCAGGAUUCACACUGGGUAGAAGAUAAACAACUUUUCAUUAAGAGAAACCAGGAGCUUUUAGAAAAGGUAUGUUGGGCGCAACACCCUAGUGGGGCAGAGGAGACAAUUAUGAGAGAUCCAGGAGCAGCAGGGGGGCAAAAAGCACGUUUGUACGCAACUAACUUAAUCCCAUGCUUCAUCGUUUAUAGUACAGGUCCUGUUGGGAAGCCCUAUAGAAAAGCAGAGGGAAGAGGUGUCACUUCUGAAUGGUGGAUCCAGCAAAUUGAAGGAGCAGAGGCCGCCCUGCACCGGAAAAUGAUGGAAUUGGAAAGUGACAUGGAACAAUUCUGCAAAAUCAAAGGCUAUCUGGAGGAAGAACUAGACUACAGGAAACAAGCUCUCGACCAAGCAUAUAUGAGAAUCCAGGAGCUAGAAGCUACUCUGUACAAUGCUCUGCAGCAAGAAACCGUUAUCAAGUUUGGUGAGUUAUUAAGUGACAAACAGCAAGAGGAGCUGAGGGCAGCCGUGGAAAAGCUCCGUCGGCAGAUGCUGAGGAAGAGCAGGGAGUACGACUGUCAGGUCCUGCAGGAGCGAAUGGAGCUCCUACAGCAAGCCCACCAGAGAAUUCGUGACUUAGAAGAUAAAACAGACAUCCAAAAAAGACAGAUAAAGGACUUAGAAGAAAAGUUUCUGUUUCUAUUCUUGUUCUUCUCUCUUGCCUUUAUUCUAUGGCCUUGAUGUCAAGGUGCCUCUUAAAGAGUAACCGAAAACAUGGAUAAGACCCCAGAAAGGCAAACUCUUCUAAACCUUCAAAGAUGGCAGAAAUGUUUACAGCAGUGAGAGGAAGAUCAAAAGCUAAGAACUACCCUGUAGCCAGGACUACAGCUGUGUAUUUUAAAGCCAUUAUUCAAGGUUUCUUACUUGACAGUUCCUACAUGACCCUGUUGAAAAUCUACAAUAUAUGCUGCAUUUAAUGAAACAUGUAUAUGUCAAACCAGAAGAAAAGAACUAUAAACAUAUAUUGUGUAAAGAAAAAAGUUCAGCAAUGGAAACAGUUUCAGCAGAUCAAGCAAAGAUGUGUCUUGGGCAUGGAACCAAAGUUACAAAGAAACAUUCUACCCCUGCUGUGCAGGGGGAGUCAUUUUACUGUAACACCACACCCCAUGGAAACACUAAUCCUGAAAUAUCAUUUUACAAAAACCCAAACAACACAAAACAAAUCAAACCAAGGGUGGGUGGGGAAUGAAGCACGAGGAAUACCUAUAAGGAGCUAUUUACAAUAAAAUGUUUCAUUUGAAAA